GAGCGGAGAGAAAAAGGCUUCACACGUAUCUCCAAGUUCAUAUCCCCAAAAGAAGUCUAUCUUUAUUAUCCCUCUCCCCUCUCCCUCAUUUGGAUCCCUAGAUUUUCUCAGGUUUUCACGCUGUUUAUCUCACUUUCUUUACGAUUUUUCUCUCGAAAAUGGCCAACGCAGCAUCAGGGAUGGCUGUACAUGAUGAUUGCAAGCUAAGGUUCCUGGAUCUGAAAGCAAAAAGGACUCAUCGCUUCAUAGUUUUUAAGAUUGAGGAGAAGCAAAAACAAGUUGUGGUUGAAAAGCUUGGUGAGCCAACUGACAGCUAUGAGGAUUUCACAUCAAGCCUUCCUGCUGAUGAGUGUCGAUAUGCAGUCUACGACUUCGAUUAUGUUACCGCUGAGAAUUGCCAAAAGAGCAGGAUCAUUUUCAUUGCUUGGUCACCUGACACAUCUAAGGUGAGAAACAAGAUGAUCUAUGCAAGCUCCAAGGACAGGUUUAAAAGAGAGUUGGACGGGAUUCAGGUGGAGUUGCAGGCCACUGACCCUACUGAGAUGGGCCUUGAUGUUAUUAGAAGCCGAUCAAACUGAAUGUGAUGUGCCUGUCAUGCAAUCGGGAUAUGUGAGAUGUCUAUAAUAGCUUGUGGGACAUAAGAGGUCGAAUUAAUAUAUAUUGGCUGUUGUUGAAAUGCUAUUAUUAACUCAUCUAGACCAACUUCAGUGGUUUGCUUUACAUUGUGGCUUAUUUUAUAUGGAUUGUUGGGUAAGUAUCUCGUGCUUGUCUAAGAUGGAUGUUAUCAUGUUAACAGUUUUUAUAUUUGUUGUAUCAAGGCAAUCAUUUUUGCCUUUGCACAUUUGUUGGUUCUUUUUUUGGGGUAUUUGGAUUGGAAUGAGAUGGUUGCUUGGUUCUUUUCU